AUGGCUGACCGCGGGCUUUUCAACAUAAACUAUGGCCAUCCCGGCAUUUUGACAUACGUCCCCGCCAAACGUCCUCAGGAUGGCCCAGGCCUACUGCACACAAGCAGGCUUACUGGGCCUCCACUGCGUUUCAACAUCAUCGGCUCGUCGGCAGAGCUCUAUCCGCCGUCCAAUCCACCAACCCCUGUCCCGACGUCUCAUCUAUGGAACGAACGCCGGCUCCAGCGUAGAUGGCUGUUCAAAACCCAUCCCGAGGCCUUCAUGGGCGAUCCUUCCAUCCGAGAAUUGCUCAAGGAAGAAAAGUUCGACCCGGUCGAGGAUUCCACGGAUCGGAGACACGUUCUUGCGAUAGGACAGAUGACUGAUCUGACAGACCAUGCGACGCCGCGAAGCACGCCUUUGCUAGCGGUCGCCACAGGCACCUCGGGACAGCAACUGCGGCUGGCUCGAAUAGACGAGUCCCAGUGGCAGUGGGGGGCGAGCGAGGAUGUUCUGUUGAACCUAUCGGUCGUUGAUCCCAUCCACCGCGAGGAGGAGACGACCUGGAUGUGCGACCCAACGCCCAUCUUGCAGAUCAGGUUCGUCAAGUACAUUUCGCAACACGACUCCAUUCGAUGGCUGCUUGUACAGAAAGCAACAUCAAUCGCCAUCCUUCGACCUGAAUACAAUCCGGUGCCAGUUCUCGGAGCCGAAACGACUGGAUUUCCUGCGGAAGGGCCGUCGUUCAUCAACCCAAAUCCCCUGGUAACGCUUCAUCACCGCCAGACUGGCGGAAACUUGUUUGCCGACAUGACCUUCAAUCCGGCUGUCAGUGGACGUCCCAAUCAACUAGGCGCUAUCGACGAGUCCGGGUACUGGAGCAUCUGGAAUGUUGUCGGCUCGUCGGGUACAGUUAGGAAGACGAUGCGUCUGGUCCAGCACAAGUGCGGGCACCUCUCCGAAGGCUUGCUUGGUGGAAUUCCAUCGUUUCCGAGCUAUCCAGCUGGGAGGCAUGGAAUGAUCUUUGUUGGAGGCGCUCAGGCCGACGACACAUUUCAUGCUCCCGCGAAUCGCGAGGGAACCAUGGGAACGACUGCCAGCCCGUCGCGGCAUCUCCUUGUGUGGAAUUCGGAGCGCUUUGAAAUAUUGGAUCUUGAAUCGCACAUGUCACUUCCCGGCCUGAACGUGCUGUUGGCGUCGCGGACACGCGCCGACCAGAUUCUUGACGUCCAAAAAAGCCCGUUGAACGGAAACCAUGUGUUUUUUCUCACCACACAGCGAUUGAUCUGGGUAGACCUUGCUGGUCGAGGAAGAUCAUUAGAAGCCUCCUCGAAACCGACCAUGUUGCUGUCGUGCACGCACAUCGGCACGGUACAGGACGGCAUACGGUUAUCCCUGUCUCGCGCGUCCCACGAUGAUCUGCACACCACGAUGGCGUUUACAUAUAUCCCGGAAGUAGCCCAACUCGCCGUUUACUGGUUUAGCGUUUCGCCGGUCACCAUGCUACCCCAGUGGCACCGGCAUAUCACACAGCUACCCGGCGGUCAUGAGCGUGCUCGUGCCCGGCUGGUUCAAGUUCAUCCGGCGAGGCUCGAACGGGGUCCCGGGUCGUCCCGGAGAGGUCCGGGAUCAAAUUACAUGCAAAGUGACGCCAAAUUUUACCAAGUUACAGUCUUGGGGGAAGACCUCGGUGUGCGCUAUGGCAUCUGCGCCUCCUCCAGCGAUCCAGCCCUCGAGCUGACGCUGCCAACGACGCGUGUGGGGUGGUCGAAGAGCGAACAGAAUCGACGUUGGAAGAAAAAACGAAAGUUUUUCUUGCGCCACGUGGGGGAAACAUUCAUGGUUCCCGAUGGCAUGUCGGAGGAAGUCAUGAAUUCACUUCUCAAGGAAAUGGAUACGGACGAAGAGUUGAGCCAAAAUGAAGAGCAGCAGGAGAAGCAGCAGUCCGUUGCGGUGCCGGUCUCAUCCUCGCCACGGCCUGUCCCCCUCCCUCUGAUGAAUCGCUUCGUGCCCAUGCUUUCCGCAAAACUUGAUCGGAUCACCGCUCAGGGCGAGCUGGGUUUGCCCGCUAAUCUGUUCGACGCUUUGGAUGCGGCCGCCAAGAGAGGAUUGCUGGAGGGCCGCCUACCCCUGAUGACAUGGGCCGAGGUGGCAGCCGAGCUUGAAGACCCUGCGGCGUACGAAGCGGCCGACAACGGCAUGGAAGAAGAUGUGAAGCGAUUCCUCAAUAAGUCUGACGGGAAACUGGUGGUCACGCCGCUUCGCAAGCGCUCUCCCGAAUCGGCACGAGACGCUUUCGUCACGCUGUCAGCUCUGCGGGAAGAGCUCACACGCCUUUGGCUCGAUCCUGUGCGAGAUACAUUGCCGGACGAGACGCAGCAAGUCUUCAAGGCCUGGAUCGCCGAGCUUGCCGGGGACGAGUUUCUUCAAAGCUACGGGAUGGCGGUGCAAGAUGUGCCGCUCUUUGGACCGCGUGGUUCCGACGCCGAGGGUCUAAAGACUGGCAACGAUUCGGCCGCCUCGCACGCUCCGUCCAACCCGAGGAUAGCAUCGUCAUCCCCGACCCGCCCCGCAUCGACGAUCACCACACCAUCCGAGUCGGAGGAUGCUUGCCUCCAGCGGCUGAGGCUUCUCAUGCCGUCGCUAGAGUCAGGUACGGGGUUUUCUGCGAAGCCAUCGGCCUUGCUGUCGUACUGGCCCACGGAGCGCGGUAUCGAUACGCAGGGAUAUGUGUCGAGCGUGGCGGCGGCGUCGAGCGAGAGAUUCCGCGACGCCAAGCAGCGGCUGCAGAGGUUCGAGGCCAAGCGAAAAGCCCAGUCAGAGAAGAUCAAGCGGCCGGCGUUUAGGGGGCAGGGCUUCCCUGGCAGCGAAGGCGCAAGCCAGGAUGCCAGCCUCCCAAGGAUGCCGCCGCCGGGGUAUGCCAUGUCCAGCCAGCAGGCAAUGCCCGAGUCGUCGCAGACGCAAAGGGAAGCUGGGCCCUCGGUGACCAUGAGCCAACCUGUGUCGGGUCUGUUUGGAGACAGGAAGAAGGGCCACAGUCCCAGUCUAGGGGUCGAGCACUGGACCCAUUCGGUCAAGCUUCUGUUCUCAAUGUCACAUCGCCAUGCUGAGCACGCCAGCCACGGCCACGACGACGGGCAUGACCAUGACCAUGACCACUCGGACGACGUGACGCCGGCGCUGCAGUCAUCUCUCUACGAACAAAUCAACUUUGACGAAAUCACGACGCUCAACGAGUCGCGGAGAGACGCGGGCAAGGCUGUGGUGAAGAAGACGUGGACGGAGCGGUUGCAGAUCGAGCCAGAGUUGGAGAGCGAUGCGGAUGAGCAGCUGCUCAUGACAGUGCCCUUCACGGCCCAAGUCAAGCUCCACUCGAUCCUGCUGCGGACGUCGCCCUCGGCCAGCGCGCCGCGGACGCUGCACCUGUACAUCAACCGGGCGGACCUCGACUUUUCGUCGGCGGAAGAGAUGGAGCCGGUGCAGAAGCUGGAGCUCUCGCAGACUUCGGAUGUGCAGGAGAUCCCCGUCAAGCGCGCCCUCUUCGGCAAGGUGCAGCAGCUGGGACUGUUCUUCGUCGACAAUUUCGGCGGCGGCGAGGAAGAGGUCUCGCGCAUCAGCUACGUCGGCUUCAAGGGCGAAUGGACGCGGCUCGGAAAGGCGCCGACAAACAUCCUGUACGAGGCGGCCGCUCAGCCGGGAGAUCACAAGAUCAAGGGGACGAGCAUCAAUGAGAUGGGAAGCGGCAUCGGCGGAAGAGGUCCGGGCAUGUAG